AUGGUUGCCAACUCCAUCUCGCUGCAGAAGUUGAUCAAGAUCGACGAGGAACGAGAGCUGGACUUCACGACAGACGCCCACACUGACUACUUGGAUCCCAGCGACAACCUCGCCAGCUCCACCAACCCUGACUUUGUCACCUUGCCCCAGAUCUCCCUCCUCGAUUCCACCACCCAGCUCACCCAGCUCCUCUCCAUCAUCUCCUCCAACACCAAGACCAAAAACAAAUCCUUCAAACUCUCCCCUGUCUACACAAUCACCUACAAAAACAUAAAGUACUACGAGAUUCUCGUCAAUGACAACUUCAAAAUCCUAAGAAAUUUCACCACCUCCAAUGUCAAUCUCAUCCAGCUUAUCAACUUGUCCAUCUACAACCCAAUCAACAGCACCAUCAACACUAUCAACACUAUCCAGAAUCUACCUCUAAAUCUAUACCUCCAGAUCCUAUUCCACUACCUUCCCUCCUUCAACACCAAUGACAAAAUCAUAUCCUACGACUCCAUCUGGAUCCCCUUGAACUCCGCUAUAGACCUAUCCAAACUACUAAACCUAUACCAACCUCUAAAAUCUCUAUUCAACACCAACCUAAACUCAAUCAGCUCUAACUCACUCACCCCAAUCAACCUCUCCUCAUCCACUGCUAUCAAUCCGGCCUCAGAAAUCAACACCAUAGACAUCACAAACAAAAACUCUUCUCCUGUUAUAUCAAACGCAAAUUUAUCUCUUAACACUAAUAACAAUCAUCUCACCACCACCACCACCACCGCCACUACCACUACCACCACCAACAACAACAAUAACAACUUUCUUCAAUACACUCUGCCUCCUCUAGAUAUAUCAAACAUCAAUAACUACGAGGCAAUUCGUGAAUUGAUCACCCACAUCUUCUCCCUACCCAACAAUCUAACUCUUAACCAAGUCUACAACAAUCUCAAACUAAACAACAUCAACAUUGACUACCCGCUAGACAUUUUUGGCAACAACGCUUUACAUUGGUCCUGCUCCCUAGCAAACCUAUCUCUAGUCCAGAAUCUAAUCCAGAACUUCAACGCAAACAUCAAAAUCGCAAACAAAAAGGGUGAAUCCUGUCUAAUAGGUGCAAUCUCUCACACAAAUUACCUAGACAACAAAAAAAACAUAAUAAAUGAUAACCAUCCAAAUGACCAACAAAACCACUCCAAUGAUGACGACAACAACGAAAAUCACCUCAGAUCUCCAAAGCCAAACGAUAACCCCAAAUUCCCUCAGCUCCUAAAACUACUAUACCCUUGCAUCUUCCUCAUUGACAACAAGGAAAGAACAAUUCUCCACCACAUUGUUCUCACAAGUGCCAUGAAAGGCAGAAACUUGGCCUCCAAAUACUACCUAGAAUGCUUGCUCGAAUUCAUCAUCAACAACCAAAAUAAAAACAAAAACAACAAAAUCAUCAACAUAACCUUAACUGACUUUAUUCAAAAUAUCGUCAAUGCAACAGACAUCAACGGUGACACAUGUUUGAACAUUGCUGCAAGAAUUGGCAACAAAAGCAUCAUCCAACAAUUACUAGAUAUAGGCGCUGACCCGAAUAUUCCAAACAAGGCGGGUUUAAAGCCAAUAGAUUUCGGCAUCAACCUCAAUUUAAUCUCGAACUCAAAUCAACCCAACAUCAAUAAUCAUAAUCAUAAUCAUAAUCAUAAUCUUCAUAACAACACUAAUAACAACAAUAACACUGAAAAUGAUAACAAUAAUAUUAAAGAUAUCGAUAUAGUAACAACAAUCAACGAUGAAAUUACUGACAAUGAUAACGAUAUUAAAGAUAAUCAUAACAAUAUUGAUAAUGGUAAUGGUAAUGGUAAUGGUAAUAAAAAUAAAAAUAAAAAUAAUGAUAAUAAUAAUAAUAAUAAUAAUAACAAUAAUAACAAUAAUAACAAUAAUAAUGAUAAUGAUAAUGAAAAAAUUGAUAUCGAUAACGAUAAGGAUAAGGAUAACGACGUUGUAAUGAGAACCAUCUCAGACACAAAAAUCAAGCACAACGACACCUUUAAUGACUCCACCUCUCAAUCAAGCUCUAAUGACAUUAUAAACUCAAUGGUUAAAAUCAUUGAAAACCUAGAUAACGACUUUAAAACUGAAUUGUCCAAAAAAAAAAAUGAAAUCCUAAAACUAAACUAUAAUCUAAACAAAUCCUGUAAAGAACUAAGCCUAAGCAGAACAAAACUAGAUAUCCUAAAGAAAAAUCAAAGCAAAUUAAACGAUUUAAAACAGAAAAAUAAUAUCGUCUUGAAAAUAAUGAACCAAGAAGAUGAAAAAUUUAAAGAAAUAACUUCAACAGAAACUAAUAAUAACACUCCUAAAAAUACCAACAAUAACACUACCAACAAUAACGCUACCAACAACAAACACCUUAAUGAGAAUAACGAAAAUAACGAAAAUAACAAAAAUAACAAAAAUAACAAAAAUAGCAAAAACAACGAAAAUAACGAAAAUGAAAACAAAAUAGAAACAUUAGAUAUGAUGGAUAUCAACGGCGUUAAUGGUUUUAAAUACGAUGCAGAUCAACCUUUUAAAAUCCCAGUUUUAUACGAAUUUAUUGAAAACGAACUUGAAAAGGAUAUCAGCAAUAUUAGCAACAACAUUGACAACGAAUUGAAAGUCGAUUUCUUUUUCAACAAAUUGAUCAACAACGAAAACAUAAACCAAUUGAAAUUACCAAGCCUAUUUGAAUUGAAAACUCGUAUCAACUCGUACGACGACAACGAAAAGGAGCUAAACAACUACCUCAACAACUUGGAAAUCAAAACGAAAAACUUGGAGCUCCGAUUCAGGCACAUCGUCUCGUUGUGUACCGGUGUCGAAAACGAUGCUGUGGACGAUGUCCUAGACGACUUGGUCCAGGCCAUUGAAACCGACAACUACGACCAUGUCAACAUCAACACCAUUGAGGAGUAUUUGAACAAGUGA